AUGGCUGAAUAAAUAUAACACAAAUAAUUCAUUGGUGUUAAGAAGUUUACCUACAGAGGAUUAUAACUUGAAGAGCUUAUUAAAUUACCAAUGGAUAAAUUGGUUGAGUAAUUCAGAGCAAGAUAAAGAAGAAGAAUUUCUAAUUAAGGUGAAAAAGUACAUGCCUUCUAAAAUUUAAUGAGAAAGUAAAAUAAUUUAUUACAAUAUACCUAGAUUCGUAAAUCAAAGAAAGAAACCUUACCUAUUAUAUAAGUAGACUAUUAUUAAUCACUUUAAUAUAUAUAUACUUAUCAUAUGA